CUCUUUUGGACGCCGCACGCUUUUUCCUCUGCUCCGGUUCUCCUCGUUUUCCCAUCGCACACCAUCCUGCAGCAGCAGCACACACACUCUCGCCGAAUAGACGCGACCAAAAAGAAAACAAAAUCCAAGAAGGAAUAUCUCUUGUGUUCCUUUUGUGAAUGCUUCGUAUAAAGUGCAAAUAAAAUAAUAACAAAAUCAAAACAUCAAACAAAAAACAAACGCAACUAUUUUUGUGCAUUUUGUUUUGCUCUGUGCCGCAAGAGUGGAUGAAAGAAAACAGCAGUAAAUCAGAAAAACCUCCUCGCUUGUUAUACACACCUAAGUGUCCUGCAGGAAGGACAUCGCGCUCCGUUCAUUUAUGCCACCCGCCGUGUCCACGGAUUGAAGGAUUAUUCCCAAUUGCCACAUUUCAGCGACAUCACUUCGUGUUUGAGUGGCUCGAACAUCAGAAUUCUCGCAGAGUUCUCUAAACGAUCUUGAAGCAUCUACAAUAUGGGCGAACUCGAAGAGAAGGAAACCCCGCCCACUGAGACGACAGCCGCCCAGCAGGAGGCUCUCGAGGAGCCCAAGGAAACGGACAAAAUGCUGGACAAAAAAGAGGAUUGCAAGGAGAAGACACCCAGUCCGCAGACCUCCAAACCAGCGUCUCCUAGUGCCGACAAGAAAUCCUCACCAGUAGCCGACAAGAAAAUCGUAGACACCGAAGCAGAGAAAUCCAAGCCAGGAAAUGGAGAGGAAAUCAUUGAUAUUCCCGCCGAAAAUGGCACAAAGACCGAGGGCGCCGAUGAAAAGAAGAUCAGCAAGGAGGAGCGCGAGGUCAAGCCCAAGAAAAUACCUAUUGGAGGCCUCAAGCUGCCCGGUUUCUUCAUGAAGAACAAGCCCAAGGCGGAGGGCGAUGGUGCCGAGGGCGAGUUGCUGGAGAAGGAGGAGGAUAAGGAUAAGGAGGAGAAAGGAGAUGCCGCAGCGGUGCCUGGCAAAGAUGAUCAGAAAUCUCGUCCAGGCCUGGGAGAACGCUUGCGCAACUUUUUCGCCCGCAAACCAUCCGCCGAGAAGGAAAAGAAGCAGCUGGUGAAUGGAGAUGCCGAUGCCAAGUCGGAAGCCACAGCUGAAGCUACGCCUGGCGAUGAUGCCUCCGAUGCACCACAAAAGCGUGGCCUUUUGAACGCCAUCAAGCUGCCCAUUGCCAACAUGAUACCGAAAAAGAAGAGCAACGAUGACGUGGAGCUGGGUUUGGGCAAAGCCGGUCUGGCCUCCAUGGAGACCCUUGACGAUUCCCUCAAGGAUCAGGACACAGUCGAUCGGGCACCCGUCAAGACCAACGGCACCGAAGAGAUUAAGGACGAGCUUAAGGACGAGAAGCUGGCGGCGGAGGAGAAACUGGCCGCCGAGGAGGAGGAGCAGAACAGGCCCGUUUCCCUGCUUACUCGCCUGCGUGCCUACAGAUGCAGUGUGGACGAUGCCCUGAUUGUUUUCGGCAUCCUGUUGUUCGUGCUCCUUUUGGCCGUCAUCGGCUAUGUGCUGACCCACGAGACAUUGACUACGCCGCCGCUGCGCGAAGGACGCUACAUCAUGGCAGUGACGGGCUGCGGACCCGUGGAGGGUGUUAAAGAGGAUGGAGCCUUCGCCUUCCGUGGCAUUCCCUAUGCCAAGCCGCCUGUGGACAGGCUGAGGUGGAAACCGGCUGAGCUGAUUGAUGACAUCAAUAUGUGCUGGAACGAUACCCUGCCAACGCACAACAGCAGUGUGGUGUGCACGCAGAGGCUGGGCAAUGGAACCACCGUGGGCGAUGAGGACUGCCUGUACCUGGAUGUGGUCACCCCACAUGUGCGAUACAACAACCCCCUGCCAGUUGUUGUCCUGAUUGGUGCCGAAUCAUUGGCUGGUCCUUCGCCCGGAAUACUGCGUCCAUCAGCUCGCUAUUCCCGAUCGCACGAUGUGAUCUUUGUUCGUCCCAAUUUCCGUCUGGGUGUCUUCGGCUUCCUAGCUCUGGAUGCUCUGACCAAGGAGGCACAUCCGCCCACAUCUGGCAACUAUGCGCUCACCGAUAUCAUUGCCGUGCUGAAGUGGAUCAAGCUGAACAUUGCCAACUUUGGCGGCGACCCGAAAUCCGUCACUCUGCUGGGUCAUCGUGCUGGAGCCACUCUGGUUACCCUUUUGGUCAACUCGCAGAAGGUCAAGGAUCUGUACACCAGGGCGUGGGCUUCAUCUGGAUCGGCCAUUCUGCCUGGAAAGCCCCUCAGCGAAUCUGGUAAACUCAACGAGCAACUGAUGGCCACCCUGGAGUGCACGGAUGUGGAGUGCCUGCGCGAAGCGUCCAGCGAGCGUCUUUGGGCCGCCACCCCCGACACUUGGCUGCACUUCCCCGUGGAUCUGCCCCAGGCCCAGGAGGCGAAUGCCAGCGGCAGCCGACACGAGUGGUUGGUGCUCGAUGGCGAUGUGGUCUAUGAGCAUCCUUCGGACACCUGGAAGCGCGAGCAGACUAGCGAGAAGAAUCCAAUCCUGGUGAUGGGCGCCACUGCUCACGAGGCGCACACCGAGAAACUGCGUGAAUUGCAUACAAACUGGACGCGUGAGGAGGUUCGUGCCUAUCUGGAGAACUCGCAGAUCGGAGCUCUGGGCCUCACCGACGAGGUUAUCGAGAAGUACAAUGCCAGCAGCUACGCGUCGCUGGUCUCCAUCAUCUCGGACAUUCGCAGCGUUUGCCCGCUGCUAACGAAUGCGAGACAGCAGCCGAGUGUGCCGUUCUAUGUGGUCACCCAGGGCGAGGGAGCGGACCAGCUGGCCACCGUGGAUGCCGAUGUCCAGGCCAUUCUGGGUCGCUAUGAGCCGCACACCGUGGAGCAGCGUCGCUUCGUGUCGGCCAUGCAGCAGCUCUUCUACUACUAUGUGUCCCAUGGCACGGUGCAGUCGUUCGUGCAGAACCGCAGGGUCAUCAACGUUGGCCAGGAUGCGCUGCCGCAGGAGGACUACUUGCCCUGCAACUACUGGAUCAGCAAGGACAUAGUGCCGCGAUACGCGCGCGUCGAUUAAGCGAACCAAAAUCCCAACAAGUUAGCCCUGCGCAGCUAAUCUGUCUCACCUGUCUUUAUGCGCAUGGGGAUCGAUUAUCUCAUUCAGCUUUGUUACGGCUUCCAAUUCUGCUAAAUUUAAAGCCAUCCCUCACUCAUAAUACCAAGUUGAGCUCUUAACUGUUUGACUCAAAUGCGAUAGCACUCGGACUCAUUUAAAUUUAGUAGGAACCGAAUCAAAGCUUCAUUUUUCCCGACUUCGUUUCGAGUUUAGUUUAGCCUAAGUUAAUCUAGUGUUUAUAUAUAUAUAAAUAUAAAGAUAUGUGUAACGGAUAUUUAGUUAUCGUACAGUUUAAGUUGAAAGUCCUAAGUUAUGCUGACUCCGUACGUUUCUUCACGCGAAAACGUAUUCUCUAAUCUUAACAUUAACGAUCACAAGAAAACACACACGACACAAAAAGCAAACAGCGAAAACACAAAUAAAACAUCACAAAAUAUACAAAAUUAUACUUGAAAAGUAUA